CUGGUCUCUCCCUCUGGAUGCAUCUUGUGUUCCCCACCGGCAGACGGGCUGCCACUAGGCCACUCGAGAGCCACACUCAGCUUUGGCAAUAGAAAAUCAGCUAAAGAUAUGUGGCUUUAAGAGGGAUAUGGAUGUCUCAGUGUUGUACCUUGCUGGACAGGGACUAAAAGAAGUCCCUAAUCUGUCACGAUUUCAAACCUUAAGGUAUUUGUGGCUUAACAACAAUAAGAUCCAGAAGCUAACAUUCUUGAUCAAUAAUUAUCGCGUGACAGAACUCUACCUCAACAAUAAUGAGCUCACAGAUAUAGCAGGGGCUCUGAAACAUUUGCAUGCAUUGCAGAUCUUGUUGCUUCACAACAACCAGCUGAAAAACCUUGACACAACAGUGAAGGAACUAAAGGGAAUGAUAAGUCUGCAGACCCUAAAUCUAUUUCACAACCCUCUGUCACAAGAUCCAGGGUACCGUCUUUAUGUGACAUACUUCCUUCCCUCAGUACAGCUCCUCGACAGGAAGAAAGUUACUCAAAAAGAAAGGGAAUCAGCUUUACAUAUUUACAACCAUGAAAGGUCCCGUGUUCUCCAGUCUAUAGGUUUUGGAAAGAGAAUAGAUAUGCCAUUGGUGACUAAGACAGUAUCUACCAGAAGCACUCCAUGUGCCAAAAGUUUGCUGCUGUCUCCAGGUUAUGAAGUUGCAAAUCACAUAAAUAAAGUUCCAUUUGAGAACCCUGAAGAUGCUGUUUUUGUGAGGGCAAUGAAGAGAUCUAUAAUGGAAUUUUCCUCUGUGGACUGGAAUAAAAUACCCACCUGUCUAGGAAUAUGCCUUGAAAACAAACCAGAAGAACCCCAUGAGAAACUGACAGUCAAAUUCAGAUAACUGUUUGGUUCCUUAAGAAAAUAUGUACCUUCAUGUUGGAUAUUAAACUUUUAUUGUAAGUUAAUAUCCAUAAGACAUGUAUGCUAUAACUUAUGCUUGAUUAAAAGAACUUUCAGCAGGAAAAAUUUAAAUUCAUUUCCUUUAAUCCCAAAUGUGGGGAUUCAAGGAUUAAAGUUAGAAAAUGCUGGUCACAGAUUUGCUAUAACUUUAUCAUAAUGUUGUCACUAAUUGAAUUCUCAUGAGUACCAAGUCUGGUGUGACAAAUUAACAAAGCAAACCUGUACAUUAAUUUUUAGGACACUAAGGAUGAAUAUAUUCAUCUUUAAUAGUCUUUGCUGGUGACCUCCUCUUUUCUAAAUUAAUCAGGCUUCUCUUACUACCUUAGUUUCUAACACUUCCAGGUCAGAUUAAGACUUCAUGUGGCCUAUCUCUUUCCCAAAUGAAGUUACUGCAAGGUUCUCUGUGUAUAAGUUUGUUAUAUAGUCCUUAUCACAGUUAUCUUAAUUUUUUCCCCAUUCCUAACUCCUGCUACAAUCCACUUUUGUCCUUUGCUGAUUGCUGUUUCAAAGGAAAGUGUUUGGAACUGGCAGCAGGGAAAGCUAAUUACAUUAGGAAUGUAGAGAAGAGGCAAGGUAAGUCCACGCUGGUUUCUUACAAGAGUCCCAACAUUUCUUACCUCCUGUUAGCCAGAAACCUUUCUUGGCAAUUGUUCUCAAAGUGGUCAAGCUGAAACACUAGGAAUUAGCCAGACAGAGGUGUUAAUCACUCCUCAUGGGAAAACUCUACUGCACUUUUCUCAUAGAGAACCUCCUGAGCUGUUCCAUCAAAGGAAAGGCAGGAUUUAUCUCCCAGUGUAUGUGGGGUAGGGGAGAGCUUUUGGUGGAUCAGAGAGCUAUAAUUGAGUCCACAGAGACUAGCCUGCAUCCCAGCAGUUAAACACUGUAGGUGCUUUAUCCCAGGAUGUAUAGUUAGAAGGGAUCUAAUAUUUUAUCUCACAGCACAAUGAAGCUGAGUGUGGUGUAGAAGAAAAUGUUCAGUCUCCAGGGAAGAGGGAAGUACAUUGCACUGGGACAGUUGCAAUGUAAGGUUACACUCUGAUUUACCCAAUGACAGAAGUAAAUUUCAUUUUAAAUUCUCUGAAGAUUUUGUGUGCACUGAGCAUACUCCAGCCUAGGACUAUAGGGACCCAGGCAUGACUUUCCCUCUAAUUGCUCCUCCCCACUGCCAGGGACCCAUGUGCCACCAAGCAUUGGAACUGACAGCAAGGAGACUGUCUCUCCUAUGCUCUCAAUGCUCCCCCUGCUAAUAUGGAAGAGAAGGAAGAAGCUGCCUGACUGAAGAGAGGUGCAUGUGGGGAAGGUGGCUUGUGGGAGCCAGAGGGUGAGGAGGAACAGAGUGGGGACAGCAGGAACAGGAGCUAGUGGAGGAGACAGGAGCUGUAGUGGGGUGCAAGGAGAGAGAGAGGGGCUGAAGAGGUAUAUAGGCACAGAACAGGAGGAGGGCAAAAACCAGAGGAUGGAGGGGAUUAGAUAGAAGCAGAGAGGGGCAGGGGCAAGAGCCAAGUGGGGGAUUGGAUAGGAGCAGAAAGGGGGGGGGGGGAAAGAGAGGCAGGAUCCAAGGUGGGGGGUAGAUAGAAGGAGAUAGAGAUAGAGCCAAGGUGGGAUGAACAGAAGUAGAGGCAUACCCCUGCUACCCAUCUCCCCCUUCACUCCCCCCCCCCCGAGGCAGCCCC